AUGAAAGGGCUGGUACCUUUCGUUCUCCUCGCGCUGUUCGUCAGCCGCAGCGACGUUGCCAAUGCGUCGCCUCUGCCGUACCUUGACCUGAUCAAUCAGCCCGACCAGAAGGGCAUCGAGCUGGGCCUUUCUCUGGGUCCACGUGGCGAUAAGCCGGCUGGCGCUCCUGCCGAAGACUGCUUUGGCCUCCUUGGCGACCUCACGGGUCUGCUGCCUGGCAUGUCGGGCUCGCCCCCGCCCCCCAACCCGGACACGGCGGCUCUGCAGGCGAGUAUGGACAACCCGCCGCCGCCUGGCGACAGUGGUUCAUCCGGCGCCACCAGUGGACCUGGCGGUGACGAAGCUUCUCUUGGAGGACCAGAUUCUCCUCCGAGUUCGCCUGGCAAUAGUGGACUUGCAGGUCCUGGAGGUCCUGGAGGUCCUGGAGGUCCUGGAGGUCCUGGAGGUCCUGGAGGUCCUGGAUCGCCUGGCGACACUUCGUCCUCGUCAACGCCCGGAUCCAGCGGCGACACCACAUCUUCGCCCGACAGUGGCAGCUCGACAAAUGGUGCCGGUGGACCAGGCGGAGGUGGAGGAGCUGGCGGCCCUGGCGGCGUCGGAAGUACUGGAUUCACAGAUACAUCGGGAUCAUUCGAUUCACCAGAUGCCAGCAAACCUGACGACACCGACUCUUCCAACUUUCCAUCUCCAGGCGAGCCUGGGUCGCCUGGAUCGCCAGGAAGUCCCGGUUCCAACGGCAAGGACGAUUCACCCGGUCAAGCUGGUCAAGCUGGUCAAGCUGGUCAAGCUGGUCAAGCUGGUCAAGCUGGUCAUGCUGGUCAUGCUGGUCAACCCGGUCACGCUGGUCACGCUGGUCACCCUGGCACGCCCGGUACACCAGGUCACGCCGGCCAUCGUGGUACGCCUGGCCAUCCUGGUACGCCGGGUCAUCCAGGUCAUGCUGGACACGCUGGACACGCUGGUCAUGCUGGUCAUGCUGGACACGCUGGCUCUGCUGGUCAUGGCGGCGACGGAGGCAAUGGGGGCAAUGGCGGUGGUGCUGGACCCGAUGGUGCCAGUGGAGGAAACGGUGGAAAUGGCGGCAACGGUGGCGAUGGUGGCGAUGGAGGAUCUGGAGGUGGCCGUGGUGGAAGCGGAGGCAAUGGUGGAAACGGUGGCGCAGGUGGUGCUAACGGCGGCGAUGGAGGCAAUGGAGGCAAUGGAGGCAAUGGAGGCAGCGGCAGUGAUGGUGGUGCUGAUGGCGGCAAUGGUGGUAACGGCGGUGAUGGCGGUGAUGGCGGUGAUGGUAGUAACAGUGGCGACGACGAGUGCAAGAAGCACGACAAGCGCGGGAAGCACGUUCAGCAUGGGCAGCACGACAGGCGCGGGAAGCCCAGUAAGCGCAACAUCGCCAAAACCACUGCUCCCCGUCUUGACCCAACUGAUCCGUCCCAGCCUCCCAAGCGUCGAUUCGUGCACAAGCGUCGCCUGGCCUGGAGCUCCCUCCUGCUUUCGUAG